UUUAUCGGUAUGCUCGUGCUAUCAUAAUAAUAUAAAUUCGUGGCGCGGAGCGUGAAUUUCGUGGAGAGAAACGCGUACAGGAAACGAAGAAGAGAAGAGGGAAGCGAAUAUAAAAAAAAAACUCAAGUUCAUUAUACCUAAGUUAUGCGAGUGUGUAAGUGUACCUCUCGCAUAUACAUAUACGUUAUUAUUUUUGUUGGUUUGUUUGCUUCGUGUUUGCUGCCUCUCCGUGCCUUCUCCGAGUCACCUAUGUGCAAUUUAUGAAGGUUGAAAUAAUAAACAAGUUUCCUGUACUCGUUUCUCUCUAGCGCACGCAAACUCCGAUCAGUUCUCUCCACAAUGAUACUACUAGUCGGUCGUGAUGUAAUUGUGUGAUUCGUGGAAACAACAAUUCAUAUGCGCCAUAAAAUCUGUGAUAACGCUAUUUUAAAUAGACCACUGUAAAUAAUACUGGGUGUAAAUGAGUACCAUAAAGUUUCCUUCUAGACCAGCCCCAAGCAUUGAGGAGGCUCGGCAGAAGAAUUUAAACAACAACAGCAAAAUUAAAAAUACAAAGGAAAAGAAGAAGGCUCCACCAAGGCCUCCGCCACCUGAUUUGGCUAAAGUGAAGAGUAGAUCUGCUUGGACCCUGGACACAGAUAACACAAUAUCUUUAAUUGAAUGGAGCCCACCGAGUUCACCAAAGAAUAAAAGCCAUGCCUUUGCUGGGAGUGUAUCCAGUUCUUUCAGCAGUAGCACAAGUAGUCUAGCUUCAAGUAAAAAAAGCUACGAUGAACCAGUUAACCAAAAUACAUGGAAUAACAAUACACCAUUUCCAUUCCCUGCAUACAAUUUGCAAGGGAAGCAGACUCAGCCGCAAGUUAAGGUUAUUCCAACGAUUAUUAGAGCACAAGGAAGUAAAGGUUGCAGGGCUUCAUCACCAAGUGAAGCUAGUUCCUCGAGGGGAGUUUCUCCCUUACUGAAUUCAUCACCACCAAUGCCUAACAUUCCACCACCCAGUCCACCAAAGGAAAUAAGUGAAUUUGUCUCACCUUUUGGUAUUGCCUUGUUCAACUACACUUCAACACAGAACGAAGAUCUCUCCUUUGAGACGAACGACAUAGUUUACAUAUUGAGAAAGGUAAAUGAUGAAUGGCUCUAUGGUAGAGUAGACGAUAGAGAGGGAAUGUUCCCGGCCAACUUUGUCGACGUACAGGUGCCUUUGGAGGAUGAGUAUGUGACCGCUCUUUAUGAAUUCCGUACGCAGAUCGAAGGUGAUUUAGAGUUCAUUCCGGGUCAACGAAUUAAAAUUCUUAAAAGGAUUUCGGAUGAUUGGCUCAUGGGUGAAUCGCAAGGCAUGGUUGGCCAAUUCCCGUCCAAUUUUGUGGACAAUGUACCGCCGAAUAUUUGACCACACUAAUAUACCUAAAACUAAUCUGUCCAUAAAUUAAUUUUAAUAUUUAUUAAUCAUAGAUUUAGGCAAUGGGCUUAUUCAAAUUGUGAUAUACUGGACAUAUAUUAAGGCUGUACAUUUUGUAAUUAUUAAUCUAGCUCUUAUAUUUUUCCUUCAAUGAACAAUUGGAUACUCAAAUAACAAAAAUA